AUGCCCAGCGCCACGGGCCAGAACUGGGAGAAGUACAAGAAGAAUUUUGCCGACGAUGAGGAGCCUGAGAAGAAGAUAACGCCUUUGACAGAUGAGGAUAUUCAUGUCUUGAAGACUUACGGCGCCGCCCCAUACGCUGCCGCGAUAAAGAAGCUCGAAAAACAGAUCAAGGACAAACAAGCAAGCGUAAAUGAGAAGAUAGGAGUAAAAGAGUCCGACACAGGGCUGGCGCCACCACAUCUCUGGGAUGUUGCAGCGGAUAGACAGCGGAUGGCUGAAGAACAGCCCCUACAAGUUGCUAGGUGUACAAAAAUCAUUCCAGAUGAAAAGGAUGCCGAGAAGAGCAAAUACGUUAUCAACGUGAAGCAGAUUGCCAAAUUUGUGGUGAACCUGGGUGACCGUGUCAGUCCGACAGAUAUCGAAGAAGGGAUGCGAGUAGGUGUCGACCGGAAUAAAUAUCAGAUUCUUUUACCGCUACCUCCCAAGAUCGACCCUAGUGUUACAAUGAUGACGGUUGAAGAUAAGCCCGAUGUUACAUACGGUGAUGUUGGAGGAAGUAAAGAACAGAUCGAAAAACUCAGAGAAGUCGUAGAAAUGCCACUUCUAUCACCCGAGCGAUUUGUUGGUCUUGGAAUAGACCCGCCAAAGGGAGCCCUGCUCUAUGGGCCUCCCGGAACCGGAAAGACCCUUUGCGCGCGAGCAGUGGCCAACCGAACAGACGCAACUUUCAUCCGUGUUAUCGGCAGUGAGCUUGUUCAGAAAUACGUGGGAGAAGGCGCUAGGAUGGUGAGAGAGCUUUUCGAGAUGGCCCGGACCAAGAAGGCGUGCAUUAUCUUCUUUGACGAAAUCGAUGCUAUCGGUGGUGCUCGUUUCGACGAUGGUGCUGGUGGUGAUAACGAGGUCCAGAGAACUAUGUUGGAACUGAUCACCCAGCUGGACGGUUUCGAUUCUAGAGGAAACAUCAAGGUCAUGUUUGCCACCAACAGACCAUCGACUCUCGACCCUGCCCUCAUGAGGCCCGGCCGUAUUGAUCGAAAGAUUGAAUUCUCCCUCCCCGAUCUAGACGGACGUGCGAACAUCCUACGAAUUCAUGCCAAGAGCAUGUCUGUGGAGCGCGAUAUAAGAUGGGAGCUCAUCUCCCGAUUAUGCCCCAACUCCACCGGUGCCGAGCUGCGAAGUGUUGCUACGGAGGCCGGUAUGUUCGCUAUCAGAGCACGCCGCAAGGUUGCGACCGAAAAGGACUUUUUGGCUGCCGUGGAUAAGGUGAUCAAGAGUAACUUGAAAUUCAACUCCACGGCCACAUAUAUGCAAUACAAUUAA